AUAUAUAUAUAUAUAUAUAUAUCAGUGUCGUAUCGUAUUGCCGUGAAGUGAUGACGUAUACGUAUUGAUCGAGUGAUCGAGAAGAGUAUAUAGGGGGACAGUAAUGACAAUCCUUGGAGACGGAGGGAGGAAGAAGACACGAUGAGAAGCGCCAAGAGCAAACACAAAUCGAGUCGGAUAAUUUCUUGAGCCCGAUAAGAGGAGGAAGAGGAGGAGGAGGAGGAGGAGAGAACGGUGACAUCGAUGCUUUGAAGCAAGGCUGCUCCCUUGGCGCGGACAAUUAAUUAAUUCGAGCAUAAGUGGAUCCUGGAGCGGGAAGGAUCUUGGAGAAUCGAGACGGAAGAGAUGUCAGCCGUAGCACCAGCGGGGACCGGUGCCACGGCACCCUCUGCCAACGGUCCAAUCGUACCUGCUCCGGUUUUUGCGUUGCCAACGUUGUCGUUCACCGUCGGCCAGGUGGCCACCGUGUGCGAAACCCUGGAAGAAAGUGGCGACAUCGAGAGGCUGGCGAGGUUCCUUUGGAGCCUUCCGGUCGCGCAUCCCAACAUCCAGGAAUUGAAUCAAAGCGAGGCUGUGCUUAGAGCAAGGGCUAUCGUCGCAUUUCACUCGGGACAUUACAGAGAAUUGUACGCGAUACUGGAGAGGCACAAGUUCACCAAGGAUUCCCAUGGUAAACUCCAAGCGAUGUGGCUGGAGGCGCAUUACCAGGAAGCCGAGAAGCUUCGAGGAAGGCCCCUAGGCCCAGUGGAUAAGUACAGGGUUAGAAAGAAAUUUCCAUUACCGAGGACGAUCUGGGAUGGGGAACAAAAGACUCAUUGCUUCAAGGAGAGAACCAGAUCGUUGUUGAGAGAGUGGUACCUCCAGGAUCCGUAUCCGAAUCCCGGGAAGAAGAGGGAACUCGCCGCGGCGACGGGCCUCACGCCGACGCAGGUUGGUAAUUGGUUCAAGAACAGGAGGCAAAGGGAUCGUGCUGCUGCCGCGAAAAAUAGAAUGCAGCAGCAAUCUGGGACAGGAAACGGGAAUACGCGGCGCGCGUUGAGUCCAGGUCCGGGUGGCAGCGAUUCGGAGGACUCGGAUAUCUCGCUCGGCGGCACCUCGCCCGCGUCACCGAGUUCCUCACCUCCGCCAACUCAUCAACCAUCUCCUGUUCCUCUCGGGCCCCUUGGUCCCCUGCCUCCGCCAUCCUUAAAUUUCCGUUUCGAUCCUUCCCAAUCGCAGUUUCGAUUCAACCACGCGACGGCCUUCAAAUUCCCGCCGACGGGCUUCCGGUUUGGACCGCACAGCCCGCAACACAAUCAUCCCAACAUCUCGGGCGGUGGAAUCUUCAGGCUGACGGAAACGAGCCCGUUCCAGGCUGUGGGGCCCAGGGGUGAUCUCGGAUCCAGAUUACCCGAUCCUCUGGGGCUACCACCCCCGAGGUUGCAUCCGCACGAGGGCCUGCUUCACCAUCCCCACGUACAGCACCAGCUGCCGGAACGAAUAUCGGAUGGCUCGCGGCUCUCGGAUGGUGGAAUCUCGCGUCUGUCGGACAGCCUGUCGGAAGCGCACAGCCCGCCAUUAAUGGCCACGAACCUGUCCGUGACGGGCCCUCUGAGGGUUGCAGUGCCGAGCCCUCACACGCCUUCCUCGCGGGGCAGCCCACCACCGCCGUCGAGUCAACAGACUCCUCAGGGUCAGUCUCAAGGCCAGGGGUUGAUAAGGGUCGCCACACCUCCCCCGCCCAAUCCGAAACCGCCCCAGAUCCACAGACCGUUCUCGCCCGCGUGAUACGACAAGGAUGACGAGCCGGAAGACACGAUUUCGAGGGGAACGAGGGAGGAGAAGGAUGGACAGGCCGUCGGGGUGUCGGGGAAACCGGUGGUGACGGCCAUCAGCGGUGACGAGCAUCAGUUUCUCGAGAAACGGUUCGAGGUUUUGUGAAAAGAGAAGGAAACGGGAAGA